AUGCUAGAAAAUAAAGAAAAGAACCUACAUCGUGUUCCUCGAAUAGCCCAUCACCACAAUAUCAAAAUGAUGUCAGCUCUUCAUCGUCGCUGCAUUGUCAUAAGGGAGAAGAAUGGAAGAGUCUUCCUAUAUAACGUCGUUGGUGUGAAACGUAACAUUUUGGCCUCUUCAAAACGAUUGUCUCCGCCUCCUUUUGAUGGAGACUUUGAUGAAGGGCCAGAAUAUCUUACCAAAGUGAUGGAUAGGAAUCGCGAUGGGAUUAUGCUUUCGUUAAGAGACGAAAAGGGAUUUCGUGAAAUUAUUAGGAGUCGUGGUGAAUUCAGUAACCCACCCCACCCCCCAGCUCUCUCACUCUCACCACGGUUCACCGCCAUCACACGCUCGCCUCCGUCGCCGCGCCUCUCGCCGGACGGGACGCUUGCGUCUCGCCGUUCUCCGCUCGUCGUCCCUCGCGUGCUGGUAGCCAGCGGUGUUGCUCCCUCUGCCUCGUAUUCUGCUCGUCCACCAUCACUGCACCCAACGCCUGGUGUGCUCCACUGCUCGCGUCUUGCCUCUUUUCCUGCAGCUGUGCUUCCUGGUGAGUGCUCGCGUCUCGCCGCGCCUCCGUCCCUCCCUCGCCUUUCUUCCACGGGUGUUGCUGCCUGCACUGACUGCUGGAUUCUGCCGCUGCAACAACAAUCAACAUGGAAAAAAAAAAUAAAGAUUGAUAAUUGCAGAGAAAAGACAGCCAAAUGAAAUA